GGUGGGAGGGAAGGAUGGUAAGAGACAGAAAAAGGAGAGGUAGUGAAAGUGAGUGAGAGAUGGGCAGGGAAGUAUAAAGAGAGGGAGGGAGUAAUCUACAAGAGGCAGCCAUAGAGGAAGAGGUGACAGAGUAGAUUAUCCUCUCUUCCCUGCCAGUCUCACCAUGUUCAUGCUGCAGACACUGACUGUUGUCUCUUUGGCUGUCAUCUUCCUCACAUCUGUAGAAGGUAAUGGUGUGCAGAUGCAGAGGGAUGUCCAGUGUUGCAUGCUGUACUCCCAGGGCAAGGUGCGUACCAAAGAUGUGCUGCGUUUUGAGGUGCAGACGGAGGGACCCGACUGCAGAAUACAAGCCAUCAUUCUCUACACAAAGAAGGCAGUGAAAUGUGCGGACCCCAGAGAUCGGAAGGUGAAGAGGUUGUUAAGGAAGCUUUUGCAGAGACAAACACUCAAGUACCAUCAAUCCACGUGGCUGCGUCCUCAUGACAACCUGCCUGUCAUGUCAGAGGACAAGAAAGACAACUGGGCAGUUGUUAAUGGACAGUGAUAAAGCACCGUCAGCAGUGGAGUUAGUCGUAGUCAUACGCCAAGUAAUCAUUCAGCAGCUCGUUGGCUAGACCCUGCGAUGCUAGCUGACAUUCUAGUCAUCUUGUCUCUCCUUAUCUGUCUCCUUGGGACCAGACCUAGGCAGCAAUACUUAAUCAUAUAUAUAUAUAUAUAUAUAUAUAUAUAUAUAUAUAUAUAUAUGUGCGCUUCAAAUAUUCCCAGCUGGAACAGUCUCAGAGGGGGGAAGAUUAUUAUUAAUAAAAUAAGUUGCAGUGAUUUUUGUUUAAUGGCUUGUACUGUUAUUUGCCAGAGUCUGCCUGAAAGUAUUGCCCUCUAAACCAGUGUAAACUAGUGGCAGAUGUGAGAUCAGUGAAACAGCAUUGACAUUCAUAUAUUAUAUCUGCAAUAUACUCUGUGCUUAUUUGUGACUUGUGGUGGAUAAAUAAUGUAAUUAUAUAGAUGUCUUUUUGUCAAAUUCAGCUGAAUGUGAGAAAAAUUGAAAAACUUGUUUUAAUAUAACCUUGCACCUUGCUCUUUUCUCCUUUGGUUUUAUUUUGAGGAUUUUAUACUACAGCUUAAAAGUCUUUAUUCAGGCCAGCUUGGAAUUUCAUCACAAAAUGAGGGUUUCUACUGGCUUUGAUAUAAUUUUUAACAUAUUUUGUCUACUUUGUAUAUUGACUGUAAAAUAUCUGCAUUGGAUCUUUUGAAAUUUGAGACAUUGGCAUCAGCAUAAGAUCUACUUAUGAUUUAGAAAUUCACUUUUGCCUCUUAAAUUAGUAGUUUGUCAUUGAAUUAUGCCAAAGCACUCAUGAGGCAAUCCAAUACAUGACGAAGCUGUUAAAAGUUAGAGGGCUCUAAUAUGUUUGAAGCACAAAAAACAUUGUGAUGUAGAGGAAUGCACUGUAUAUCAAGCAAAUUAUUUUAUAAAUCAAACUGUAACAUUAACCAAA